CGCGGACUCUAGGGCAGUCUACGCAGGCGCAUCUUUCCCGACCUGGAGAGGUGCUAUCUUCCCUGGUACUCAGUGCUGGAGGACACUGCCCCUUUCUAUAAAGAGAGCACUCUGGAGGGAAUGGCUGCUGUGUCUCUGACAGCCAGAUGCCAGGAAUCAGUGACAUUCGAAGAUGUAGCUGUGGUUUUCACAGAUGAAGAGUGGCAGCAUUUGGUCCCUGUUCAGAGGGACCUCUACAAGGAGGUGAUGCUGGAGAACUAUAAAAGCAUCGUCUCACUGGGACUUCCAGUUCCUCGACCUGAUGUGAUUUUUCAGUUGAAGAGAGAGGAGGAGCCAUGGAUAGUAGAUCUUCAUGGAUCGGAGGAGAGAGAAUGUCCAAAAAGUGUCUUUCUAGCCUUGGAAGGAAACCGCAUCUGUAAGCCUGAGAUUCAAGAUGCUUCAGAAGAGGAAAAUUCAGAAGAAUCAUUGAGGGAAAGACUUGGAAGGCAAAAUCUUCUGUGUCCCAAAUUUGAAGAUCAUGUACAAGAGGUGGGGUUGGAAGCAGAGAAGGAAAAUCCUGCAGUUGCAACUUGCAAGAAAUCUCUUUCCCAGGAGAAAAGCUUACAGCAGGGGUCAGCCUCACCCAAGAAAAUUCUCACUAAAGAAAAGCACCAGGAAUGCAGUGACUGUGGGAAGACAUUUUGUGAUCAUUCCUCCCUUAUCCGCCAUCAGAGGGCUCACACUGGAGAGAAGCCCUAUGACUGUCAUGAGUGUGGGAAAGCAUUCAGUCACAAGAGCAGUCUGACCAGGCAUCUGAUGUGUCACACUGGGGAGAGCCCCUAUGAAUGUAGCACAUGUGGGAAGGCCUUCUUUGACCGUUCGUCCCUAACUGUGCAUCAGCGAAUUCAUACUGGAGAGAAGCCCUUUAAAUGCAAUGAGUGUGGAAAAGCCUUCUUUGACCGCUCUUCCCUUACACGACAUCAGAGAAUUCACACUGGAGAAAGUCCUUAUGAGUGCCAUCAAUGCGGGAAAGCCUUUAGCCAGAAAAGUAUUCUGACUCGCCAUCAGUUAAUCCAUACUGGCAGGAAGCCCUAUGAAUGUAAUGAGUGUGGGAAAGCCUUCUAUGGUGUCUCCUCGCUGAACAGACACCAGAAGGCUCAUGCUGGUGAGCCUCGCUACCGGUGUAUUAUGUGUGGCAAAGCUUUCUUUGACCGUUCAUCCCUCACACAACAUCAGAAGAUCCAUACUGGAGAGAAGCCAUAUGAAUGCAGCGAAUGUGGCAAAGCCUUUAGCCAGAGAUGCCGUCUCACGCGGCAUCAGAGAGUUCAUACAGGAGAGAAGCCCUUUCAGUGCAGUGUGUGUGAGAAGGUUUUCAGUUCAAAAUCAUCAAUUAUCCAACAUCAACGGCGUUAUGCCAAACAGGGAAUAGACUGAGUUGGGUUAAAGCUUGAAUCAGACAAAAAACUCCAUAAAAAUUUUAGAUAGGCCUCCUCUAUCUUAAACAAAUCCAUCAUUUGGUCAUUCUGCCCAUUCUGGCUAUGAUUCUCCUGUCCUGCCUGUGUUCCAGAGUGUUUAAUAAACUCUCUGUUCCUACUGUGUUAUGAAACUGGUAGGGCUGUACAGAAACUAGGAGAUAACUCUAAAGAUUAAAAAAUUUGGAAAGAUUGGUCAGACAAUAGGAUAGAUGUUAGGAGGAUAUCUCGAGACACUCUUCUUGUCUGAGAACCCAGGCCCCUGGUAUCAACGCACUUUAAAUAACUGGAGGCUGCAACGGGAAGGAAAAGCCAAAAUUAUAUCAGAGCAGCACUGGUUUUUUUUAGAACUGUUUUGAUAGCUGUUAGUCCCUCUCUCUUGGAGCUUUUGGGGCACUAACCUUGCUCUCUUGUGUCCCAACUUUUAGAUCUCUUAAUACCACUACUGCUAAUGGCGCUUAUUGAGUGCUUCUUAUGGGGUAAACACUUAGCUAAGAGUUUUAUAGGGAAUAGAUUCAUUGAUCCAUAUGCCAACCUUACGAAGUAUGUACUGUUACUAUCCACAUUUUACAGAUGAGCACACUGAAAUUUAGUCACUUGUCUAAAGUGACAAAGUUGGUAAAAGGUAACACCAAGUCUUGAAUACAGGUCUCUAUUCAAUGUCUGUUCUCUUUACCAUUAUGCUCUAAGGUUUGUUGGUUUUAUAAUUUAGGUAUGUACAUUGUCUCCUCAACUAGAUUGUAAGCACUCGGAGGUAUGACUUAAUGGUUUUUUUUAUCUUACACAGUGCCUUACAAAUAGUAAGUGCUCAAUAUUUAUCUGUAUGAAAGACUUUUAUAGUUACCAUGUUCUCUCCAUUCAAAACAUCUCUUGGGUUAAUAUCCUUGCUCUGAAUUUUCACAGCCCAGCUUGUACUUUUAUCAUCCCCAUCUCCAUUACUCCAGUAGUCAAUUCUAGUUGUUUUCUCCUUUCAUUAUUGAAGAGGGAUAUGCCAAGCUAUAUGUACCCAAAUAAACAAAGACUUAAGUCUCACAUAAUAUAUGAUAUGAGUCAAUCUGUCUUUCUUCAUCUUCAUCAUCCAUAACAUUUGUUGUCCAAAGUCACCAUUUAGGAGGAAGAGGUAGCUUGAAGAAUUUGUGGGAUAUUUGUAAGGUCUAGGCUCAUAUCCCUUCUCUCCACAAUCCAGUAAGCUGGAACCCAGCACCUGCAGGCUAGGCAAGCAAAGAAGCACCUUGCUAUUUGGUUAACAGCAAAUGCCUCUGAAACAGUGACAUUUUGCAUAUUACUGUUAGGCCAUUCUUUCCAUGUUCUAACAUCUUCCUGUUCGUUAUAGCCUUCUUCAAGCACUAAAACAGCUCCCUAUUUAAGGUCUGCCUUAAUAUAACCCCUACUGCUGAACUUUACAUCCUGACUCCCAGACUUUUAUUCCCAGGGCCCUGGCCUAUAGUUUUAUUUUAUUAAAGGACAGGCACUAGGUGACCAUGACUAUAGGCAUCUGCAUUCCUUUUCUGUUUGCUUAAGGUGAAGUCCAGAAAAAAUUGAUUCUUGGUUUUGAAAGGCUGUCUAAAAUUAAGAUUACCUUACAUGAAUCGCAGCAGAUCAAGACAAAUUUCCCCCAGAAGUUAAAGUCUAAUUGGAGAAGCUGAAUUGCUAGACAGACUUCUCUCCAACCUACUAACACUGUUAUCCUUGGUCCACUUUAGAGCAGAUAAAACUUUUUAUGUGUGGACUUUUGAAGCAACUUGAGGAAAAACAUCACAGAAUCUAUGGGUGUGGAUAACAUCUGAUUUUGUUAAUAAUGUCAAGUAGAAAAUAAAAAGAA